GGAUUGAGCUAGCGGUACUUUCGGACUAUACGUAACUCCUGGUCGCGAUGCAGCACAUGCCGUUGUCAGAGUUGAAUUAUCAUCUUACGCGGGAUCCGCUAUCAUACAGAACAGACUUUGAGGAACAACUCGAAAACUUUAGCACGCUAAAGCAGUCAUUUUCUUCUGCUCCUUCUCAAUAUAUAAGUAGACUAGAGGAACUUUUGUCAUUCUUAUCUCAGGUAGCUCAUUUCGAGUCUUUUUAAACUCACAAAGGCUGUAAGGUAUUAUCCUGAGCAUGUUGCAGAGUUUACUACCAGUGUUAUUCAAACACUGUUGUCGCGUUCAUUUGGUAUGCACCCUGAAAUGCGUAUGGCUUUUUUAAGAGCAUUCAUGAGACUUCGAACUAAAAACUUGAUUCCAGCCACACAAGCAGUUGAUAUCGCAUUUAAGCUGUAUAGAUGUCGAGAUAAACAGGUUCGAAAAACAUUACGUCACUUCCUCGUAAGUGACAUGAAACGAAUGAAUAAAUGUCAGAAGCAAACAAAAGCUAAUGCCGUCAUACUGUCGUUUCUUUCAAAGAUGAUCAAAGAUAACAGUUCAACUGUUGCUCGUGAAGCUGUCCUAAUCUUACUAUGCUUGUUCAAGAAAAAUGUGUGGAAUGAUGCGCGGACUGCCAACGUCAUUGCGGAUUCGUGUCUCAUAUGCAACAAGAAAGUUUAUGUUCCUGCUAUUCAAUUUUUCUUGGGAAAGUCAAAGGCCCUUGAUGAAAUGGAAACCAGCAGUGACUCUGAAUCGGAUGAUGAAGAAAGCAAAAUAAAACAAUUACGCUUGGGACAUCGGGUUGGUGUUAAAACAAAAAAUCGACAAAAACGUCUUGAACGGGCAAUAAAACAUGUAAAUAAGGAAAAAGAACGUAAAAUCAAAAAGCGUACAGAAUUGACUAAUUUCCAUGCUUUAAAUAUGCUACAUGAUCCACAAACAUUUGCUGAAAAACUUUUUCGAAAAUUGGAACGAUGCUCAGAUCGCUUUGAAAUUCGUCUCUUAAUUCUCGAUCUGAUAAGCAGAUUGAUUGGAUUAAAUAAAUUAGUUCUUCUUAAUUUUUACCCAUUUAUUCAGCGUUUUUUACGUCCACAACAAAGAGAUGUGACUCAUUUAUUACUGUUCUCAGCACAGGCUAGCCAUGAUCAAGUUCCACCUGAUGUAAUGGAACCCUUAAUACGAGUAAUCGCUGAUAAUUUUAUUACAGAACGUGCAUCAUCCGAAGCAAUAGCUGUUGGAUUAAACUCAGUACGUGAGAUUUGUUUACGUUGUCCGUAUGCAGUCACGAAAGAUUUAUUGUCUGAUUUAAUUCAGUAUCGAUCAUAUCGAAAUAAGAAUGUAGUUGCUGCAGCACGAUCAAUUAUACGCCUUUAUCGGCAAAUAAAUCCUGAAUUAUUACCACGUAAAGAAUGCGGACGUCUAACAGAAUCACAAUUGGACGUAUUAAAAUAUGAUAUACCUCAAGAUGUUGCAAUUAAUUAUGGCCAGUGUACUACAUCUUCAACUAUUCCUGGAGCUGAAAUAGUUGUUUUAGCUUCAGAGAAGUUGAAUGUUAAAAAGAAAGAAUCCUCUGAGAAACCUAACAAAAGUUUGGAUGGUUCAGAGAAAUGCUUAAAUAAUGAAGAAAAUGAUUCAUGGGAAUCGUGUUCUGAGGUCCAAGAGUCCGAGGACAGUCAAGCAGAUGAAUCAGAUGGUGAAUGGGUAAAUUUACCCAACUCCUCCUCAGAAGAAGAUAAUGAUGAUGAACAAGACAAUGUCGACAUUGAAAUGGAUGAAUGUAAUGCAAAUAUCCCUUCAAAGAAAACUAAAAUAGAUCCAAGUGUUUUAAAAGAAAAAGCUUUAGAGAUAGCAUCAUCACGUAUAUUUACUCAAGAGGAAUUUGAAGCAAUGCGUAAAUAUCAACAAACAAAACAGAAACGUUUUGCAUCCUAUAGUUCUUUACGAAAUAAAGAUAAUUCCGAUUCAUAUUUUAUUGUGGAUACUGAUGAUGAAGAUGGUGAAAAUACUGGUGUUGGUAUUCAAAAUAAAGAUGGUAGUUUAGGAAAUCUUGUUAGUAUGAGUGCAAUUACACGUCUAGUAAAACGUCCACAUCAAACAAAAGCUGAUCGAAUGGAAUCAAUUGAAGAAGGUCGAAUUGGACGUGAAAAAUAUGGUUUUAAGGUGAAUCGAUUAAACGCUUAUGCCAGUACAACAAAUCGUGAAAAAUUAAAAAAUAAAACAUUUCAAAUGGUUAAACAUAAAAUUCGACGUAAAGCAAAACGUAGUUUUCAACAAAAACAAAUUGCAUUAAGAGAUCAUUUAAAGAAAUUAAUUAAACGUUCACGAUAAUCAAAAGAAAAAAGAAGAGGAAAGAAGAAACAACAACAACAACAACAACAACACACACACACAACAACAACAACACCUCACUUGUAUAGUAAAUGAAUUGAUUUAUAUUCUUUUAAUAAAUAAAGGUAAAUAUAUUUCAGUUGAGUUUUUAUCUGUGUAUUUAAACUUACGCCUGUUACUCCGCAUGGAGGAGAAUAGACCGCCCAUCAGCAUCCUCC